GUGGACCCCAUACCUCGUCUUCCUCUCUCUCUCUCUCUCUCUCUCUCUCCUCUUCUUUUAUGGCUUUCGCCUCUCACCUCCAAGAGCGAUAGAGAGGCUUCUCGUCGCCAAUCACCACCAAAUCGAUCCCUACUGCUCAUCUUGUAUCUGAGAAUAACCCAUUGCAGACCCUUUCAAUUGUUCUCUAUCUUGUUCUUCUGACUCGGUUUGAAGGAUUUCCAGAUCUGAGCGCCGGGAGCUGAUCAGUUAAGAUUUUCCUAGAUUUUGUCCUGGUGGAAAGCAAUUAGACGGCAAAAGGGCUGGGAUCGGGUGAGUGGGAUUUGAAGGCGGAAAAAGGUGGAGAAGGAGGAGAAAGGAGCAAAGUGUUUGCAUUUUGGGAAGCCAGUGAAGUGCUUGGAGUUGAUGUCGAGAACUCGGAGGCGGGUGUGGGUGAGAUGAGGGAUGUUAGAACUGUUGAUGAACUUCCUGAGAGCCUGCUGGUGGCCGUCGUCUGAGCGCUAUGUCCAUGCCGGCACCGACGCGGCCGGGCGGCAGGAUGGGCUGCUAUGGUACAAGGACUUGGGGCAGCACAUCACUGGGGAGUUCUCCAUGGCUGUUGUUCAAGCAAACAACUUGCUUGAGGACCAGAGCCAGAUCGAGUCCGGCCCCCUCAGCACCCUCGAGUCUGGACCGUAUGGCACGUUUGUUGGCAUCUACGAUGGCCAUGGAGGCCCAGAGACAUCCAGAUACAUAAAUGAUCAUCUCUUCCAGCAUCUCAAAAGGUUUGCAUCUGAGAAUCAGUCAAUUUCAACUGAUGUCAUCAAGAAAGCUUACCAAGCAACAGAAGAGGGUUUCCACUCCCUGGUUACUAAGCAGUGGCCCAGUAAACCACAAAUAGCUGCUGUUGGCUCUUGCUGUCUGGUUGGUGUAAUCUGUGGUGGAACUUUAUAUGUGGCUAACCUUGGAGAUUCGCGGGCGGUUCUAGGGAGGCUUGUAAAGGCAACAGGAGAGGUUCUGGCAGUACAGUUGUCAGCAGAGCAUAAUGCAUGCUUUGAGUCUGUCAGACAAGAAUUGCAAUCGUUGCAUCCAGACGAUUCACAAAUUGUCGUUUUGAAGCAUAAUGUUUGGCGUGUUAAGGGUCUCAUCCAGGUCUCCAGAUCAAUUGGUGAUGUGUAUCUAAAGAAAGCAGAGUUCAAUCGGGAACCAUUGUUGGCAAAGUUUCGCCUUCGGGAGCCUUUGAAAAGGCCGAUACUUAGUGCUGAACCAGCAAUUUCAGUGCAAGCAUUACAGCCUCAUGAUCAAUUUCUUAUAUUUGCUUCUGAUGGGUUAUGGGAGCACCUUAGCAAUCAGGAAGCAGUUAACAUUGUACAAAAUCAUCCUCGCAGUGGAAGUGCUCGGCGACUUGUGAAAGCUGCACUUCAGGAAGCAGCAAAGAAGAGAGAAAUGCGGUACUCAGAUCUCAAAAAGAUUGACCGUGGUGUUCGCCGACAUUUCCAUGAUGACAUUACCGUUAUUGUCCUCUUUCUCGAUGCAAACCUUAUUAGCAGGGCCAGCACAUGCAAGGGUCCAACCCUAUCACUUCGAGGUGGCGGUAUCAAUCUCCCCGCAAACUCUCUAGCACCUUGCACAACCCCUACAUAACAUGGUUCUUCAUGAAACGAGCUCAACUCUAUUCUCAUCCUGUUGUAUUAAAUUAUAUAGUCCUGCAUAUGGACUUCCAUGUUCAUGCUCUGCAUAUUUGUAUUUUUCUUUCUCCAUAUAUACAUAUAUAUAUAUAUGGUUUCCAGAUCUACUUAAAUGUAACAUUUUCAUGCAGAAAAAAUCAGUUGAUCGCUCUGUGUGUCUUUCAGUGCUUU